AUGCUCCUCCAACCCAUCACCAACCCCAGUAAAUAUGUCCGCUACAUCGUCCUCCUCCUCAGCAUAUGGGCCUUCAUCUACCUCUUCUCACCCUUCAACCUCCGCCUCGACAAAAACAACCCUAGCUACGACGACGACAAUGAAGCAAACAAGGGCAGCUCCCUCAGCCGGCAAAAUAUCUGCCGCCCCUACAGUUGGAAACCCUACCAGCCCCGCCAACCCUCGGACCCUCCCCGCAAGAUCUACGAUUUAGUUCUCGUCACCACGGAACUCGACCUGCUCGAAGUCCGUCUAAACACCACCUGGGGCGCCGUCGACUACUACGUUCUCGUCGAGAGUGCCAAGACAUUUACAGGGCGGAAUAAGCCUCUGCUGCUUCAACAUGCACUCGACUCCUCCUCCCGGUUCGACGCCUACAAAUCCAAGAUUAUCUACCACGAAGCUGAAUACCCCGAGGAUUUUGACCCCCGGCCUCUUACGUCGGGAAAAGCAUCUGCAUCCGCAUCCGCAUCUGAAUCGGUAUCAUCAUCACCAUGGCAAGAUUUCCACCUAAACGCCAUGUUCGAUCAAGUGUUUCCUUCUCUCGCAGCUGAACCCCCCACUGGUAACCCGUCCACCCACAACCCCAGUUUGAACUCAUCAUCAUCAAUAAGUUCCCGCCGUCCCCAAACAAACGACAUCCUCCUCCUCUCCCUCGCCUCCGAGAUCCCCCGCCCUCAAACUCUCGCCCUCUUGAAAGAAUGUAUCUUCCCAGCCCGCUUAACCCUCUCUUCCAAAAUGCACUACUACUCCUUCCAAUUCGUCCGUCGACCUCCUUGGUUCUCUCGCACGCACGAAUAUGGUCCGGGCUGGACAUGCCAGUUUUGUUUUCCUACCUUGACGGAAUUUCUCCUUAUCAACGACGGGGUAAAUGGGAUGGAUCAACAUCACCAUCGACUCGGCGCCGGUCCUUUUGGUGAAAUUGAUGAGAUGGAAAGAGACAGGAUAGUCCGAUACGUGCGAGAGGGAAAAGAUCUCUGGGCUGAUGUCCAUGAGCAGCAAGGCGGGAAGAAGUGGGUAUUUGAGGAGGUGGUUAAUAACACGGACGUUCCGAGUUUCUUGUUGGAGUCGCCAGAAGGAAAAGAAGGCGGGAGGUUGAGGUUCUUGAUGGAGAGGGGAGGGAGGAGUGGUGGGUUUAGGGAUUACUACCUAUGAAGUGCCCUCGA